AUAGCCACAGCGUCUACGGAGUAAGUUGGUUUUAUCUAUCUCCCUCAACUCGAGAGGUCGUCCAAUUGGGCCAUCGAUUCACCCCUUCCCACCUCCCCCUUCCAAAUAUUAUCAAUAACCGAGGUUUAUCUUGGAUAUCCCCUCUGUAUAUUCUUCAGUGGAAAUCUCGUGGCUACUGGCUAGGCCAGAUAUAUCAUUCUUUAGGCCAAACUGAGCCCCCCCAGACUGCAAGAGGGAUAAAGACAAACGAUUGACCAUCAAGAUUAAUCAACCCAUUAUCUCUUCUAUCUCAAGCCUGAACGGGCCGUGCUCUAAGCCAUGGAUUUCCAAACCACCCCGGCGGACGUCUCUGUCGCCAUUACCACCCCCAUGGCAAACCACAGUGCUGAGCCGCGCUUGUUAACAGAGCGUCGCGUCACUCCAACAUGGACAGUCAUGCAGCUCAAAGGUAAACUGGAAACCAUGACCGGCGUACCCCCCAGCAGCCAGCGACUGUUACUCAGGUCGCCGGGCCGCCCCGAUCAAUGGGUAGAUGGCGAUGACACCAUCAUCGGCGACUGGGGUUUGAUGAAAGGCUGCGAGAUCGAGGUCCACGACUCCCGUCCUCAAUCGGUCCGACCCAAUUUCACCGAUCUAUCAUCCGUUGAGAAAUAUGUUCUUCCCACGUCCACUUACGAAUCGCUCUCGAAUUCGGUUUUGGCCUGGAAGAAGAAUCAGAAGCUUGGCCGGUUUGAUCCAAAUGCCCUAACCCCGGAAGAGUCACUGCGUCAACAAUCAGAGAAAGAUGCCGCCGAGAUUCAAGAAAGAGGUAUUGCCGUUACCCAACGUGCCAUUGUCUUGCCGUCGUCUCCGCCACAUAUCCGCCGAGGGACUGUUCGCUUUAUUGGACCUGUGCCUACAAUACCCUACCCUGGUGUGGACCCUAAAACGGCGCAACUAGAAGCUGUGGCUCUUCCUCUAUGGGUGGGAAUUGAGCUUGAUGAGCCGCUGGGAAAGAACGAUGGCAGUGUAGGCGGCCAGAGAUUUUUCACCUGUCCGAAUAAGACGGGGGUCUUCGUGAAGCCCGAGAAAGUCGAAGUGGGAGAUUUCCCGCCCCUCGAUUUGGAUGACUUGGAUGAUGAGUUGAUGGAGGAGAUUUGACAUGUUCUUCCAGGGCGUCAAGUAUAAACACAGGACAGCGAGACAAUUUGCUAGAAUGUACUCCUAUCUCCCUCAAAAGAAAGAGAGAGGGGGGAAAAGAGAUGAAUAGAAUAGGGACGGAGCUAUGAGG